AUGGCCGCCCACGAGGAAUCCAGGAACUCGAACGGCAGUGCCGGCGGCUCCCCCCGCCUCUCGGAGCCCCCCAAAGAGAGCAUGCAGCUCAAGAAGGAGAUCUCGCUGCUCAACGGGAUCAGCCUGAUCGUGGGGAACAUGAUCGGCUCGGGCAUCUUCGUGUCCCCGAAGGGCGUGCUGAUCUACAGCGCCUCCUACGGGCUGUCGCUACUCAUCUGGGCCAUCGGGGGCCUGUUCUCCGUGGUGGGGGCCCUCUGCUAUGCCGAGCUGGGCACCACCAUCACCAAAUCGGGGGCAUCUUACGCGUACAUCCUGGAGUCCUUCGGCGGCUUCGUCGCCUUCAUCCGCCUGUGGACGUCUCUGCUGAUCAUUGAGCCCACGAGCCAGGCCAUCAUAGCCAUCACGUUUGCCAACUACCUGGUGCAGCCGCUCUUCCCCACAUGUGAGCCGCCGUACAUGGCGGCCAGGCUCAUCGCCGUGGCAUGCUUAUGCUUACUGACAUUCAUCAACUCCGCCUACGUGAAGUGGGGCACCCGCAUGCAGGACGUUUCCACCUACGCCAAGGUGGCGGCCCUCAUCGUCAUCAUCAUUACCGGCAUCGUCAAGCUGUGCAAAGGUUACACUGCCAACUUCGAGUCAUCCUUUCAGGGAUCGUCCACAGAGCCCGGGGACAUCACGCUGGCGCUCUACUCCGCCCUUUUCUCCUAUGCCGGCUGGGACACCCUCAACUUUGUCACCGAGGAGAUCAAAAAUCCCGAGAGGAACCUGCCCCUGGCCAUCGCCAUCUCCAUGCCCAUCGUCACUGUCAUCUACAUCCUCACCAACGUGGCCUACUAUGCAGUUCUGGAUGUCAGCGCCAUACUGGCCAGUGACGCCGUGGCAGUGACGUUUGCAGAUCAAACUCUUGGCAUGAUGAGCUGGACCAUCCCCAUUGCUGUGGCUCUGUCCUGUUACGGAGGCCUCAAUUCCUCCAUUAUAGCUGCAUCCAGGUUGUUCUUUGUGGGCUCUCGUGAGGGCCACCUUCCAGACGCUCUGUCCAUGAUCCACAUACAGAGAUUCACUCCCAUCCCCGCUCUCAUCUUCAACUGUGUCAUGUCGCUGAUCUACCUGACAGUGGAGGACGUCUUCCAGCUCAUCAACUACUACAGCUUCAACUACUGGUUCUUCAUGGGCCUGUCCAUCGCCGGACAGAUCUACCUCCACUGGAAAGAGCCGGACAGACCCAGACCUCUCAAGCUGUCUCUGUUCUACCCGGUGGUGUUCUGCAUGUGCACCGUCUUCCUGGUGGCAGUUCCUCUCUACAGUCACACCAUCAACUCCCUCAUCGGCAUUGGCAUCGCGCUGUCGGGGAUCCCAGUCUACUUCCUGGGCGUGUACCUGCCGGAGUCCAAACGGCCGCCCGUCAUCACCAAGCUACUGCGCUCUCUGACUCACUCCACCCAGUCCUCCUGCUACUGUGUGCUGACAGAGAUGGACAAAAGCGAGUAGCGUGGAUCCAGGAUCCUCACACGGCGGACGGUCACCGGACGGGGGAUUCUUCUGUGGAGGGGAGAAGAAACGGAAAAAAAAGGAUUUGGUUGUACUGUUCUCCACGUUGAAGCUCUCAGACUCCUCUGACUUGUUUACGGUACUGAAAGUGCUGCCGCUCACUGAUUUGAUCACAGAAGUCAAGGACAUUCAAAGACUCCACCCGUUGAGGAAAGAGGGUACCGCUGCUGUGGACACUGUGACACUUUCAGAUUCUCCGAUGACCUCUUAUUAUAUAGGGUUUGCCUUGUUAGUUCCGCAGGUAAUUUGCUGAAAGCCUUUAAACAGUAGGUGCCUGGGAUAUCUUACAGAUGCUGCUCACGGGGACCACAAGGAUGCAAGAAUUGUUUUAAACAUAUUUCACAUGUGCAGUAUGUGAGAAUAUGCUGAGGAUUAAAAGAAGUUCACUUCAAAAAAAAGGAAUACAAUUUUUUUGUUUUUUUUGGUCUGCUGCUGUGUGAACACUUUAGGUCAUCCUCUAAUUGUUAUUGCCUUUAUGUAUUAUUAAAGUCAUUGUCUGGUAGUUUUUUUUAUUUUUCAUGUUUGUG